AUGAUGACUCAGAAGGAGGAGGAAACCACUGGUGAUGAUGAGGACGACUUCUUUGGUAAUCCGUUAAAGCAUCUCAUGUCUAAAGUGAUAGCUGCCAAGAAGGGUGGAGGUGUAACCGGAACUGCCAUAAAUGACGUUAGAAAGGAAGAUUCGAUCAAAAAAGAUACAAGCAAGAAAAAGGAGAAUACAUUGGAUGAUCUAAUCGAUGACGACGAUGAUUUACUAACGUUAAAGGGAAAAAGAAAAGUAAGGGAAGAUUGCGCUCUAUUGAAAGUUGAACAAGAAAUCAAACAGCUGGAAAAUUUUUCCAAUAUUUCUGCUUUUCACUCAUCUGGUUUAAGUCCUUUAAUGGGCAGUUCAAUGAAGAAUGAUAUCAAAAGGCAGAAGAAAGUUAUGGAUGACAGUAAUUCUAAUUCUCUUGGUAGUCCGUUUAUUAUUGAUGGUGGUACUCUUGAAGCGGACGAUAAUAUGUUUGCAAAAGAAAAAGUCUUUGUCGUAGAGCCACAUUGCUCCAUUGAAAUCGGUGACCUUGAGAGCUGUGAUACUUAUAUAAAACGUUGGAAAAUGAGCGAGACAUUUACGGACAUCGUCAAAUUGUAUGCAUCAAAUUGGUCUUGUUCACCGGAAAAUGUAGUUUUAUCACUAAGGAAUGGAAAGAGGGUUUUUGCAGAAGACACUCCCAGCAGUGUUGCAUUCAGUGAAAAAGAUGUCAAUUAUUUAUCAGUUUACAAGAACAAUCAAAGUGGAAGUAUAAAUGUCAAAUGGUUGCUGCCUGAACAAAACAAGCCUGUAAUUACUGCUGUUCCAAGGGAUACUCCGUUCAUGAUUGUGAAGCGAGAUUUCGCUGUCGAUAAUGGUUUGGAUGAAGAAAAACUUACAUUAAUCUUUGACGGCAAACGUAUUAGUCCGCAAGAAACUGCGGACACAUUGGGGAUCGAGGAUGGUGAUUGUGUCGAUGUUUACAUGAAGUGA